AUGUCUUUCUUCAGGAACUCCAUCUACGACGACAGCGACGUGAGCUUUGCUCCAGUCUUCCGCUUCAUCGACGCCUUUGAUAACUUCCAGCGCGCCGCAGGAGGAUACAACGGCGACAAGGAGGUUGCAACCCAGUCCAAGGCCGGCGCCGACAACAACACAGCCAGCCGUCCGCUCCUGCGCCGGCCCGUCGCAGCCGCCUUCAACCCUCGGUUCGACGUGAUCGAGACCAAGGACGCCUACGAGCUGCACGGCGAGAUCCCCGGCGCCCGGCGCGAGGAUGUCACCAUCGAGUUCACCGAGCCGCAGACCAUUGUGAUCCGCGGCCGCGUCGAGCGCUCGUGGUCGUCUGGCGGCGAUGAUGACCAGGAAGCCAAGAAUGCCCAGGACAACAACAACAACAACAAGGAAAAGCACGAGAGCCACAAGGCCACCGUCUCUGACGAGGAUGAGGAAAAGGCCCGCGAGAACGGCAAGCAAGUCACCAAGUCCGACGGCGACAAGGACGUCUCCAAGCAGUCGUCCAACAGGUACUGGGUUCAGGAGCGCAGUAUCGGCGAGUUCAGCAGGACAUUCACCUUCCCCGUCCGGGUCGACGAGGCCAGCGUCAAGGCCGCGCUGAACGAUGGUGUGCUCAAGGUCACCGUGCCCAAGCAGGAGAAGCCUUCCAACCGCCGCAUCGACAUUUUGUAA